AUGGUCGAGCGCAUAGUGCAGAUCGUCAAGAAGGCGAUGCGCAAGAACGGCCUCCUGUUCCGACAACAAGCGGCUCUAGGACCAUUUUCUCCAGUGGAUUGCCAUGGGGUGCCGGAUGAGCCGACAGGCGUCCCUGAGGAUUACUCACCCUACUACCGGCUCUUUGGCCAACACCCGAUUGUCUGGAGCAAGAUUCGCGACAUAUUCCAGGAGCCAAUUGAUCUUGACGAUCCCAUCCUGUGCGCAAAAUUCUUACACGACCGCGCUGAGCUGUUCCAAAAGAUCGUACCCAUGGCGUUCGACAAACUCACCAUCGCUAAGCACCGGGACAUCCUGCGCUACGCGCACACCCGGUCAGGAGACUCCAAACCGAAACUGCGUCAAUAUGAAGACCCUGUGUUCACCGAGGCAAACCGGGACCAGGCUUGCCAAGUCUGCCACAAGACGAUUGGCGCAGCAAAGAUGCUGCUGUGCGACAACUGCGACGAGGGCUGGCACAUGCACUGCUUGAUCCCACCAGUGAAGCGCAUGCCAAAGGGCACCUAG